GUCUUUAUUUUCUGUUUUGGUGAUCACACCAAAUCAAGUAAGCUCACAAGUACCCUCUCCUGGCCCUAAUCCAACCACUGUAUCUCAGCAGCAUCCCCACCACGCAGCCGCCGCCCCCCCCGGGGCCAGGCUCUCUCUCUCUCUUCACUAUUGUACGUGUACUCUUUUUGUUUUCUUCUUGGGAAAGGGUUAACCAUCUUUAUGAUUCUCACGAGUCUCUACUACAUUGAUUCACCCCUUGACUCGUAUUUGUUGAACUUUAUUUCUUCUCUCAUACUCUGUUUGACCUUUAGUCUCCUAAUCCUGUUAUAUUCCAGCUGAACAUUUAAGACACCAUUAAUAUCACUCGUAUUUCAGACAGACCUCUCGCCGAUUCACACGUGAAUUGCCUUUCUCCACUGUCGAAGUCAUCAGGUGCAAAUCUCUGCAGAUACAGUAUUUAAAGCUCCUGCAACCAUGCCAAAUUUCGAUGAGAGUUAAAUUCCCAGCGCACUCUUCAAAAAACCAGAGCUGCAUGCAGCAUCUCACAUGGCCGCUUUCUCACUAUAACUUCCUUUUUUCGAAGCUCCGUCUCCUUUGCAGAAAUGGCGACCCAGAGGCUUCAAUACCCUUCCCUUCUUAUUGCACUGCUUCUGCUCUGUUCCAGUUGGGUCCAUCAUGUCAAUAGCAGCAACGCGCAGUCUGGUCUUGCCUCGUCAACCUUCUCCACUUUAAGCGUUCUUUUGGAUGUGAAGAAGUCGUUUGCGGACGACCCACAAGGCGUGCUGGAGUAUUGGUCUGAAAAUAACCCCAGCUCCUGUACAUGGAAAGGAGUUUCCUGUGAUGACUCCGCCCGAGUUGUGGGUCUCAACCUGUCCAACUCGUUCCUGGCCGGAUCGAUAUCACCCUCGCUCGGUCGAUUACAAAACCUGCUCUACCUUGAUCUUUCUUCAAACCGCCUCGCGGGUCCCAUUCCACCUAAUAUCUCCAGCCUUUUCCGCUUGGAGUCCUUGUUUCUCUAUUCCAACCGACUCGCCGGUCCGGUUCCGAGUCAGCUCGGCUCGCUUCUGAACCUCCGGGUCCUUCGAAUCGGCGAUAACUGUUUAACAGGUCCCGUUCCGGCUUUCUUGGGGAAUCUCGUGAAUCUGAGCACACUCGGUCUCGCCUCGUGUAGACUCACUGGUUCAAUACCGGCUGAGCUCGGACGACUCGGCCGGCUCGAGCAACUGAUGCUGUUCGAAAAUGGUAUUACGGGUCCUAUUCCAGCUGAGCUCGGGAACUGUUCGAGCCUCGUCGUCUUCGCCGCUAAUUUAAACAGUCUAAAUGGAUCAAUCCCGCUAGAAUUGAGUCGUCUUGAGAACCUUCAAACCUUAAACUUAGCCAAUAACUCUCUGUCCGGGAAGAUUCCGAGUGAACUCGGCGAUCUGAGUCAACUCGUUUAUUUGAAUUUUGAGGGGAAUGAGCUUCAGGGUCAAAUUCCAAAGUCCCUGGGAAAGUUGAGCAAUCUUCAGAAUCUAGAUAUCUCGGGGAACGAACUCAAUGGUGAAAUUCCAGAAGAGUUGGGGCAAAUGGGUCAGCUGGUUUUCAUGGUAUUGUCAAGCAAUCAUCUUUCCGGCGCUAUUCCGAGGAAUUUAUGUUCGAACGCAACCAGUUUGGAGCACUUGAUUCUAUCGGAAAAUAAAUUAUCCGGUGAGAUUCCGGCAGAUUUAAGGCACUGCCGGUCACUGAAACAACUUUAUUUGUCGAACAAUACGCUGAAUGGGUCAAUUCCUGUUGAACUCUUCGAGCUAUUCGAGUUGACUGAUCUCUUGCUCAACAACAACAACCUGGCUGGAUCAAUUUCUCCGUUCCUAGGAAACCUCAGCAACUUGCAGACGCUGACACUGUAUCAAAAUAAUUUCCGAGGGAAUCUGCCGAGAGAAAUCGCGAAGCUCGGGAAGCUCGAAAUACUGUUCAUCUAUGAUAAUCAGUUAUCUGGGGAGAUCCCAUUAGAGAUUGGAAACUGUUCAAGCCUGCAAAUGAUUGAUUUUUACGGCAAUCCUUUAUCUGGGAAAAUCCCUGUCACCAUUGGAAGGUUGAAGAAACUGAAUUUCCUUCAUCUCAGGCAGAAUGAGCUAGUGGGUGAGAUUCCCGCCACUUUAGGUAACUGCCAUCAACUAACAAUCUUAGACUUGGCCGACAACCAUCUCUCUGGUGGUAUCCCGGCGACCCUCGGAUUCCUCCGAUCCCUACAGGAGUUCCUUCUUUACAACAAUUCCCUCGAAGGUAAGCUCCCCGGCGAACUCAUCAACCUUGCGAACCUGACCAGAGUGAAUUUAUCGAACAACAAGCUGAAUGGUAGCAUUUCUGCAUUGUGCAGCUCGCAUUCGUUUCUCUCUUUUGAUGUCACCAACAAUGGAUUUAACCAUGAAAUUCCUCCCCAGUUGGGGAAUUCACCUUUCCUUGAAAGGUUGAGAUUGGGGAGCAACCAAUUUUUCGGGCAAAUCCCACGGACAUUGGGAGAAAUUCAUGAAAUCUCGCUUUUAGAUUUAUCUGGGAAUUCACUCACUGGAUCCUUACCGGAUGAGCUUUCUCUAUGCAAGAAACUGACCCAUAUUGAUCUGAACAGAAACCGUCUUUCGGGAUCGAUCCCGUCGUGGCUCGGAAGUCUGCCUCAGUUGGGAGAGCUCAAGCUCUAUUCAAAUCUAUUUUCAGGGCCCCUGCCUCAAGAACUAUUCAGCUGCUACAAUCUUCUUGUGCUUUCUCUCAAUGAAAAUUUUCUUAAUGGGACCAUACCUCCUGAAAUCGGUAAUUUAGCAUCCCUCAAUGUCCUUAACAUUAACCACAACCAGUUUUCAGGACCAAUCCCUCCAGCCAUAGGUAAGCUGAGCAAGCUUUAUGAACUUCGGCUCUCACAGAAUAGCUUCAGUGGAGAAAUACCCAUUGAGAUUGGACAACUGCAGAAUCUUCAAAGCAUUCUAGACCUCAGUUCUAACAAUCUCACCGGUCGAAUCCCUCCCUCUAUUGGAUCGCUCUCAAAGCUCGAAAAACUUGAUCUAUCAUACAACCAACUUGUUGAAGUUCCUCCCCAAGUGGGUGACAUGAGCAGCUUAGGCAAGCUCAAUCUCUCUUACAAUAAUCUUCGGGGUGAAUUGGGCGAGCGAUUCUCACAUUGGCCAUCUGAAGCAUUUGCAGGCAACUUGCAUCUAUGUGGAAUUCCUCUUCCUGGCUGCCGGGACUUGGAGAACAGAACUCAGCAACCUAGCCUGAGCACAUCCUUGGUGGUGAUCAUCUCUGCAGUUUCAACUUUUGUUGCCAUUUCUCUGCUGAUUCUCGGGAUCAUGAUCUUUUCCAAACGCUGGCGGGAAUUCCUCAAGGAAGCCCGUGAAGGGAAUAGCACAUGCUCUUCCGCUUCUUCCCAAUCAUGUCGAAGAUUGCUUCAUCAAAAUGGUCCUGCAAAACGAGAAUUCAGAUGGGAAGAGAUCAUGGAAGCCACAAACAAUCUAAGCGACGAGUGCAUAAUUGGUUCAGGAGGGUCCGGAACUAUAUACAAAGCCGAUUUGCGAACUGGAGACACAGUGGCAGUCAAGAAGAUCCCCGAGAAGGAUGACCCCUUGCUGGAUAAAAGCUUUAUGAGGGAAGUCAGGACGAUCGGGAGGAUAAGGCACAGGCAUCUUGUGAAAUUGAUGGGAUUUUGUGGGAACAAUGCAGCUGGUUCAAAUCUGCUGAUAUAUGAGUACAUGGAGAAUGGAAGCUUAUGGGAUUGGCUGCACCAAAAACUGGUGAACGGGAAGAUGAAGAAGAGCUUAGACUGGGAAGCAAGGCUAAAGAUAGCAAUGGGGCUGGCUCGUGGGUUGGAGUAUUUGCACCAUGACUGUGUACCCAAGAUCAUUCACAGGGAUAUCAAGUCAAGCAAUUUGUUGCUGGACUCGAACAUGGAAACCCACUUGGGGGAUUUCGGAUUGGCAAAAGUAGUCGGCGAGAAUAACGACUCUGUGAACACCGAGUCGAAUUUGUGGUUUGCUGGCUCUUUUGGUUACAUUGCUCCAGAGUAUGCUUAUUCAUUGAAGGCAACUGAGAAGAGUGAUGUCUACAGCAUGGGCAUUGUGCUCAUGGAGCUUGUUAGUGGAAAGAUGCCAACUGAUGCAACCUUUGGUGUGGAAAUGGACAUGGUGAGAUGGGUUGAGUCCCAUAUUGUAAUGCGAGGAUCGGCAUGGGAUGAGCUGCUAGAUCCAGUGAUGAAACCACUCUUACCGGGCGAAGAAGGUGCAGCAUACCAGGUUCUUGAAAUUGCCCUGCAAUGCACAAAAACUGCUGCGGCCGAGAGGCCAUCGUCCCGGCAAGUUUGUGAUCUGCUUCUCCAUGUUCAUAACGAUACCGUGGUCGAUUUUGAGAAGGUAAAUGCAGAUUCAUGUGCAUAGUUGUAUUCAUCCCUAUGAAUUUUGGGGAGAUCAACGGAAAGCUUCAUAUCGUAUAUAAAAUAAAAGAGAACAGCGUGUGCCAAAAACUCAUCCCAUUUCUGUAGAUUUUGGGGUUGCAGCUUUCUUAAGACACCGUUGCUAACUUCCUUAAUGCUUUUUAAAAGCUAUCAUGCAAGUGAUAGAAGUAAACCAAGCACCCGUGCGUCUCUUUGUUGUAAAUGGGUAAGCGACACUUCCACUAAUGAGAAUGCUAUUUGGUUACACAUAUUGUCAA